AUGGACAUCAAUGCGCUCAAGCCUGCCAUUGGCUACCUCGUUGCCACCUUCCUCACCACCGCCGGUCUCACCACCAUACUAAACCCCAUCCUCCGCUCCAAAAACUUCGGUGUCACCGCUCGUCCUGGCGAUAGAGCCACGCUGGCCUACAUCAAGCCUAUGGGUGCUAGAGAUCUCUCUCUCGGUCUCACCAUUGGCAUGUUCAUGUACAGAGGGGACCAGGAGAGUGCGGGCUUGGUGACUUUGAUGGCGCUUGGGGGUCCAGUCAUGGAUGCCUGGGCAGUCUGGAGUUAUAACGGGCGGCUGAAAGAAGCUUGGCCACAUAUCAUUGGUGGUUGCAUUGUUGGUGCCAUGGGAACCUGGUUGGCUGGCUGA